GGCGGAAUCUUCCUAAACUUCAUGGGUUCUGGGAUAAAGAUUUUUUUCUCAGCAAUGGGGUGGUAGAGAUGAAGCCCUUCGAAGCUUCAGGGGUACUCCAUAAAGGGAAUGUUGUUUUCCUAAGUGGCAAGGAACGUGGGGUGUUCAAGGGAGAGAAGCCCUAUAUGGCAAAAUGAGCCCCCCAUUUGGGGAAAAAAGGGUUGGGGUGAGUUUUCUGAAGCUAGUGGGAUUGAGGAGUGUUUCCUAACAUGAGGGGAAUAAAAUUAAGCAGGACGCACCAACCAAAUGAAGAGUUGGUGAUGAAGAAGAGUUACAGUGGAGUGGGGGUGAGGAUGCCAGGAACCCCAGAGCUGAAAAAACAUCUGUCAUGGAAACGGAGUAUCAUAGAAAGGGGGAACUAUAUAACAAGAAGCGCUGCAAAAAAAUCUCCAAAAUAUAGGAACGAGCACAUUUUUUCCCCCAGGGGAAAAAUGGUUAGGAAAUGGAGAGGUGGACUUGAGAGAUCGAAAAGGAGAGGUCAUUAAAAUGUAACUCUUCCCUUUUUUCUCCUUCAGCAAAAGUGGGUGGCUAAGCCUGAUGGACCAAAGGAUCCCCUGUAGGAUGAGGGUGAGGUGUAACUACAUUUCCAGAAAGAGGAGGGGUCUCCUAGAAGAUGAGAGUGGAGUUACGUAGAGGUGAUCCUGUUCAAGAUAUGGAAAGUUUAUGGAAUCCCCCCUGAGAAAAGCAGGGCCCAGCGAUGGCGACCAUGCUGUACCCCCGCGAGGAGAAGCUGGAGAAAAUGAGCCAGGACGAGAUCGUGCUGGGCACCAAGGCCGUGGUGCAGGGCCUGGAGACGCUGCGCAGCGAGCACCACUCCUUGCUGGCCACCCUGCUCGACACUGUCAGCUGCUUGGAGCAGCAGCACGAAGCCAGCGCUGCCCAGGAGCAGGCCAGCCUCUUGCGGAAGUCUCUGGAAGCCAUUGAGCUGGGCCUCGGGGAAGCUCAGGUGAUCAUCGCCCUGUCCAGCCACCUGAGCGCGGUGGAAUCCGAGAAGCAGAAGCUGCGGGCUCACGUGCGGCGCCUGGUGCAGGAGAACCUGUGGCUGCGAGACGAGCUGGGCAGCACCCAGGAGAAGCUGCAGCAGAGCGAGCAGUCCGUGGUCCAGCUCGAGGAGGAGAAGAAGCACCUGGAGUUCAUGAACCAGAUUAAGAAGUUCGACGAGGAUGUCUCUCCCUCGGACGAGAAGAGUGGGGAGGCAGCCAAGGACACCCUGGACGAUCUCUUCCCCAAUGAUGACGACCAGGGGCAAGGGCCGGCUCACGGCAGCGGCGAUGCAGCAGCCCAGCAUGGCGGCUACGAAAUCCCCGCCCGCCUGCGGACCCUCCAUAACCUGGUGAUCCAGUACGCCUCGCAGGGCCGGUACGAGGUGGCUGUGCCCCUCUGCAAACAGGCCCUGGAAGACCUGGAGAAGACCUCCGGCCACGACCACCCCGAUGUCGCUACCAUGCUGAAUAUCCUGGCACUGGUGUACAGGGAUCAAAACAAGUUCAAGGAUGCAGCACAUCUUCUCAACGAUGCCUUGGCCAUCCGGGAGAAGACCCUGGGGAAGGACCACCCAGCCGUGGCUGCUACCCUCAACAAUCUGGCCGUGCUGUACGGAAAGCGGGGCAAGUAUAAGGAGGCGGAGCCGCUGUGCAAGAGAGCGCUGGAGAUCCGAGAGAAGGUGCUGGGCAAGUACCAUCCGGACGUGGGCAAGCAGCUGAACAACCUGGCCCUGCUGUGCCAGAACCAGGGCAAGUAUGAGGAGGUCCAGUAUUACUACCGGCGUGCCCUCGAGAUCUAUGAGUCCCGCCUGGGGCCCGACAACCCCAACGUGGCCAAGACCAAGAACAAUUUGGCCUCCUGCUACCUCAAACAAGGCAAAUACAAGGAUGCUGAAGCUCUCUACAAAGACAUCCUGACCAGAGCACACGAGAGGGAAUUCGGCUCCGUCAACGGGGACAAUAAGCCAAUUUGGAUGCACGCCGAAGAGCGAGAGGAAAGCAAGAAUAAGCGCAAGGAGAAGGACAGCGCCCCCUAUGGGGAGUACGGCAGCUGGUACAAAACCUGUAAGGUAGACAGCCCCACGGUCAACACGACUCUAAAAAGCUUGGGUGCUCUGUACCGGCGCCAGGGCAAGCUGGAGGCCGCAGAGACGCUGGAGGAGUGUGCGCAGAAAACCCGCAAACAGGGCAUGGACGCCAUCAACCAGAGCAAGGUCGUGGAGCUGCUGAAGGAUGGGAACCAGCUGGAGCACCGUCCGAACCGCGAGGGAGCCCCUGGCGGCAGCAGGUGCGAGGACAGGACCGAACCGGAGGACGCAGCCACGGAGUGGACUGGGGUGGGCUCAGGAGCUCUUCGACGCAGCGGCUCCUUUGGGAAGCUGCGUGACGCCCUGCGGCGGAGCAGCGAGAUGCUUGUCAAGAAGCUGCAGGGCAGCAGCCCGCAGGAGCCCAGGAACCCAGGGAUGAAGCGGGCCAAUUCACUGAACUUCCUGAACGAAAGUGUAGAAGAGGAAUCAAGCCAGGUGACCAGCAGCCUGUCCGACAGCCGGGGCCUCAGCGCCAGCAACGUCGACCUCUCCCGGCGCAGCUCCCUGCUGGCAUGAGGAGCAGCCCAGCCCGGGCUGGACCACGAAGCCCCGCGCCACGUCGGACCCCUCCUGCCUUCUCCCCACUGCUGCUGCUGCUGCUCCUGGAGCACCUGCCCCGGCACGGCGCCAGGAGCCACCCGCGCUGUGGAGCUGUGCCGCAACUCACCCGGUGUGGCCGGAGCGGCACGCUUCCCCCCCCCCCCCCGCCGUCACACACUGACUCGCACUCACGACGUCUUCCUCUCCACCGCCAGCAUGCGGCCGCCACUUCGUCCUCGCACUUCACUGCUGGAAAAGACUAUAGUUCGCAGGACAAGUGCGGCUCUGAAGUCUGUUGCCUUUGCCUUUCUCCCACUCCGCGAGAAUCCCUCUGCAGCCGAGCCCCUCGGAAAGACUAAGGUGAUCUAACCCGUCACUAAGCAACCCAAAACUGCACUGUGUGUGUUUGUGUGUGCUACUCGUUUUUCGGCAGUCUGUUCCUGGGAUGCAGGGAACUGUGGUUCUUGGGUGGUGGGUCGGAGAAGAGAGCUCCCUAGAUUCAUCUGUCAGGGAAAGACGUGGCAGGCAAGGGAGAAAGAUGGGGAGCGGAAAAGGGCAAUUCGGCAGCCAAAGCCAAUUCCGGCGCACGGAAGUGACGCUCCACCCUGCUGGGGCAAACCCAGUCAGCUGGGAAGCCGGGGCAAAGAGGGCCAGGCACGUCUCCUGACUCAGCAGCCUAGACCAAGAACUGCAGUUCCCCGGGUCCCUUGCCACAGCCCUGUUUCGUUUCUCCUUUCUCCCGGCGUGCGUGUCUCUGUCUGUCGUUAUCAUUUGUGUUUUGGCCUCAGGGAGAUGCUGUGCCCUUCAGACCUCCAGUCCCCACUCCGAACCAUCCAUGUUCGUACCCCCCGCUGCAUGCUGCGUCUCUCGUCUUCCCCUUCCUCAUCCUGCGCUCCGCCAUGUUUCUCUUGAAUGCCUUGACAGUGGCGCCAGCACCGUCCCCCUGAAAACGUGUCCCCCUAGUCCAUUUCACGCAGUGCUGCCGUUCACGCACGAAACAUCUCUUGCCUGCGUUUCCCUCCUUCACCCCUCAAAAAGAGGGUCUGGGGUAGGGGGAAGAAGGCUUGCCUCAUGGACGCUGCUCGCUUGCACCAAGGUAAAGCACGGCUGGCCCUCGCCGGGAGAGAGACUGGAUGUGGGGCCUGGUGCCGCCCUUUCCUGCUGGACUCGAGCGACAGCGAGGUGGGAGCGGCCAGCGCGUCAUGCGGAUGCUGCUUUCGGGAGCGGAGUUUAAACUGGCUGUCUGACUAACUGCACCUUUUCUGCAGUCGUUCAGGACUGACUGUUGUAUAUGAGCUUGAAACUGGAAGCAUCUUCUGGGCAGAUGGGGAGCAGGCAUCAUUUCAGAGUGGAAAUUCAGGUUUUUCCUAGAGUAAGAGCAGGGGCAGGUAGCCCUUUAGAGGUGGCUGGACUGCAGCUCGUACUGGCUGUGGCCAGAAGCAGGGGCUGAUGGGAGUCGCCGUUCAAUGCCCUGCACCUUAGCAAGGGCAGACACGCGUUUCCCCCAUCCCUGCUAUAAUUUGGGAAGUCAGAGGAGGUUCAGCUGCUGGUCUGUGCAUUUCUUAAAACCACCUCUGACAAUAUUCAGCUCUUCCUGACUCGUCCCCUUCCAGCUGUGCUGGACAACAACGCCAUCAUUCCCACCCAACAGUGCAUGCUGAUGGGAGUUGGAGUCCAACCUAUCUGGAGGGCAACAGGCUCAGAAAGGAUAGUCUACACACUAAAUAAAUCUGCCAUCUAGAGCAAUGUUAAAACUGCAGCUAAAAGCUGGAGUGGGCACACAGACCCUUCUGCAUCUGUGAACUAACCCACCCACCCCUACCGAGAGCACAUCCCUUUCCUCAAGGCCGCUGCUGUCCCAGGAUUUCUGGAUUUAAUUUGGGGGAAGGUUGCUGUGACUCCUAGGGUGCAAUCCUAUGGGCUUUUAGGCAGAAUGUAAGUCCUGCUAUUCUCCUGCAAGCCAUAGCUGUCUGGGAAACGCUGGGAAUGAACACGCCUUAUUUUCUGUCUAAACCUGCAUCGAAUUGUGCACUCAGUCGCUGUUCAAGAUGGAGAAUCCCAACGACUGCAAAUCCUCCCUUCAUUGUGCUUCACUAGGGGAAGAAAUUGUCUCUACUGGAAUUAACUCCUUCCUGUGCAGCAGCUAUUUAAAAAUCAGGGGUCUCUUCUGGAAAUCCUUUGCCUGUAGUUCAAAAGAGGAGACAAAGGGGUUCUUUAAAACGCACCGUGCAGCCCUGUCUCUUUACUGCAGCUGGAGGUAAGCCUUGCCUACUUCCCCUCUCCUAGGAAUGGCCCUGCAACUGGGCAGUGCUCACAGCAGCUUGCCUCACUUGAGUGUGAGUGUGUUUGUGUGUGUGGGGUGGGAUGAGAGGAAGGGAACUGACGGGGAGGGGCAGAUUUUGCUCUGUAUUAUGUUGCUAUAGAAAUAAAACUUGCAAAAAGGACAA